AUGCCACCUGCUAUCGACCAAUGUACUUUUUUUCUGGUUUUGCUUCUGGUUGGUGUUUCAAGAGGUAUUGAAUACUCAAGAAUUAAAGUCAAUCAUAAUAUUGAAAUUACUGGACAAGACAAGAAUAGAAUAGUAUCUGAGAAUAUUACCAUGCUCAUUGAAAGUCAUGCAAGAAUAACUAAACAUUACCAUCUGCCAUUGGAUCAGGUAUCAAAGGUUUUUGAAAUUGUUAACAAAUUCGGCUUGAGUGCCAAAGUGGUUGGAAAUGGUCAGCUAGUGGGUGGAGUGAAAAAGAAUGGCUUCCUUUUAAGUGAAACUGGCGGUAUAACCAUUUUACCGGGACCAGUUGAAGUAAAUGAAUGUCUCUUCAAUUUAUCCUACUGCACUGAGGAAUCUUUGCUCAUGGAACAAAGAUAUCCAGCAAUAAAUAUUCUACAACACACUACUGCAGUCAUACCGACUAACAAAGAAAAGAGGUUUUUAUGUAAGAAUGUACAUAAAAAUUCAAGCGAAAAUGCAAAAAAUUAA